AUGUCACUUCACUCUGAAGUAAAUCGAGAUUGGACGGCUGGGUGUAAACUAGGCCAUUGAUCGUAUCAUGUCGGUCGUCGAAAGAAGCGGCACGACGGAGGCACCGGCAGGAUUGUCAAGGGAGCGUUUUGAAAAUGUGGAGCAGAUCCCGACCCCGGCGUUAGGUGAGCGAUCGUCGACGGAGGGAAUGCUCAAGCAAGUGUUAGCUUCAGUAGAUGUGAUGCUGCAACAUCAAAGAGAGGCGCAUUUGCAGCAACAACAAGUACUGCUUCAGCAGCAACAGCAGUUCCAGCAAGUGUUGCAAUUGAUAGGGAAUAGCGUUGUUGAGAAGAUGACCAGAGCGGUGGAGCAAGAAAGAGUUGCAGGAGGAUCGGCGGAAAACCACGGCGUUGGUAAUUCGUCCGACUCCGCGGAAUCGCUACCAUCGAACCAAUCUCAGCAGCAGAACAGAAGAGCCGAAUCAUUUGUGGCUGGAAGCAUGGUUAAGUGUCUAGCCUCGCAAAUUCCAGAGUUCGCAGGAUCUCGAGAGGACAACGUGCGGCAGGCCUGGAUACAGCGAGUCGACAAGGUGGCCCAAGUUCACGGAGCAGCUGACGGAGAAGUAUUACUGGCGGCAACUAGUCGUCUGGCAAAAGCGGCCAGGCAGUGGUACGACUUCCAGAGCGGUAGCACCCUGAAGUCAUGGAAUAACUGUCGUCAAGAGCUUUUGAAAUAUUUUGGUAGGAAGGUGCCAUUUUUCGUCGCCAUGCAGAAAAUAGAGGCUCGUAAAUGGAUGGCACAAAAGGAAACGUUUGAUCAAUACGCGAUCGAAAAACUGGCACUCAUUUAUCAACUCGAUUUACCUUUGAACGACACGAUACAAUUACUGAUCGGAGGAAUCACCCAGACUUCACUCAAGGCUACGGCGUUGUCUGUGCCGAUGGAUACGCUAGACGGGUUCCUGGAGAAGAUGAGGAUUAUUACCGAAGAAGUGGCGGAAACUAUCAAGAAAGGUCCAGUCGUGGAAUCGGCGCAGAAGAACAAAGAGAUCUUUUGUCGCAACUGCAACAAAAAAGGACAUCUCACCAACGACUGCAAGGUGGAGAUCAAUUGUUUUUAUUGCAAACAACCCAGUCAGCCAAACCUGCGAAGAACAGACAUUGGCAAAAUCUGUUCGACAAAAUAUGUGAGCAGAGAGGCCACAGAUUGGGUACAAAAUCCACCCAGUAAGCACACUGUCAGCAGUAUGCCGACAGAUUGGCAGCAUAUCUGUUGCAUUAUUCUGAUUGAAUCUGCUGCCAAUCUGUCGACAUACUGCUGACAGUUUGCUUACUGGGAAAAAGGACAUCGGCGGUUCGAGUGCCCGACCCUUAGAAAGAGGGAUGUUAAGUCGACGUCAGGAGGAUUGCAGCAGUUAGCAGCGGGGCGGACGGCGGCCAACGUGUCCUCGGAGCAGAUCAGUUCCUCAGAGUCAGUAGCGGUAGUCAGCCAGAUCCGGGAGAUCACCCUGGAAAGUCCGUUCCUGGAAGUCAACAACAUCGCUGGUGAGCGUUGUAAAAUAUUAGCCUUGCUUGAUACGGGUAGCCCUGUGUCUUUCGUCAAGCUGGAAAUCUUUGAGAAAUUCAUUAAGCCUGCUGGCUAUGAGAUAAAUGUAGUUACAAAUAAGUAUAGGAAUUUAAGUAGAGAAUUUUUGAAUAUUGUUGGCGUAGUGAGAGUAAAAUUAUCAUUGUCCGUUUUCUCGGGUGUAAAUUUUGAAGCUAACUUACAUAUUUUACAGGAAAAUUUAUUUGAAGGAGAUAUUAUUUUCGGUAGAGAAUUUCUACAUAACGCGAAUCUAAUAAUAACGGUCAAACCAGUUAAUCAAAAUAGCCGAGAAUCGACAAACAUGUUUGCCGAAUUGCCCUUAUGUAUCGAGGAUGAGCGAUCAGAAAAACCUUUAAGUAUAAACACGGACGCGAUGGAAAUAGACUUCGACGUGGAAUCAAAAUAGCGACUAAAAGAUCUAAUAACAGAUAUCGAACAAAGGAAUAUCGAGACGCUGGAUGAUGAUUACUCUGUACAAAUAAUUUUGAAAGAUAAUUCAACUUACGCAUACGCGCCCAGACGUUUUGCACAUGCUGAACGGUUACAACUCCGUGAGAUCACCAAUGAUCUUCUGGCACGCGGAAAUAUUCAGCCUAACACUUCAUCCUAUUGUUCUAGAGUCGUACCUGUGAGGAAAAAGAACGGGAAAUUGAGAUUAUGUUUAGAUUUACGUCCUUUGAAUAGUCGUGUUGAAAAAGAAAAGGGUCCUUUUCCCAUCAUUGAGAAUUGCUUAUCGGGGCUGAGUGGUAAAAAAAGUAUUCACGUUAUUAGAUUUAAAAGACGGUUUUUACCAAAUAAAAGUUCACAUAGAUUCGAGAAAAUAUUUAUCGUUUGCUAUGCCGGAUGAACAAUUCGAGUACACUAGAUUACCUUUCGGGUACUGCGAAUCUCCGGCGGAGUUUCAAAAACGUCUUCGUCAGAUUCUCUCGAAAUUGAUCCGCGAAGACAAAAUCGUUUUA